GCCUCUGCACUGCACCCAAAAGCUCCCUUGAAGCACGACGCCUAAGCUGCCAGCACCGCAACACUGGCAAUUGGGGGAGAUUGCGCUGCCGCCAACGUAAAAUUGAUUUUGCACAAAACACCGAAACUACUCCAAUUCAGCGCAGCCGCCACCGUUUCGCCCCAAGCGCGUGCCGCGAGACGACGAGUUCCCGUACGCCUGGCUGAGGCAUGGCCUAGCCGCCUCUCGACGCCCACAGACAAGAGCGAGACGAUUUAUUCAUCACUUGUAUAGAAAAUCCUGCGGAUAAACAUGGAUGACGAGGACCGCUUCUCCGCCAGCUCGCCCGAGUCGGACCGCGACAAGGAAGAGCAGCCCGAGGAGCAGCCCGAGGAGGAAGUCGACAAUGACAACGACAAUGACAACGAAAACGAUGACGACCAAGAUGACGACGACGACGAUGACAACGAAGAGCAAGAAGACGGCCAGGACGCCGCCAAGCGCGAGGACGCCGGCAAAGAACGAGCCAAGUCGCGGACACCCGCUCCUCCACAGCCCGACUGGCGGCCGAUUGUGCGCCCAGAGAUCCUCAACGCCACAGGCUACGACAUUGUGCCGACUAUGGCGGUGCCGCAGUCGACCAGCAUCAACUCGCUGUCUGUGACGCCGGACCUGCGGUACUGGUUCACCGGCGGCUCGGACGGGUAUAUCCGCAAGUUUGACGGCGUGGGCACGCUCAACGGCAAGAUGCCGCUGACGGUGGCGCAGCGGCACUCGUUUGUCGACUCGGUCGUCAAGGCAUGCAUCCUCAUGUCGUACUGGGAGAAUGACGAGCCGGGUAUGUCGGAGCAGGUGCUGUCGCCGGUGUACUCACUGGCCGUGGAGUCCAAGGCGCUCUGGCUGCUGUCUGGUCUCGAGUCGGGCGCUAUCAAUCUGCAGAGUGUGCGCCAUGAGGAGGGAAAGAAGAUUUGCUCGCUGCAGCAGCAUACAAAUGCCGUCAGUGUGUUGACUAUGGCGCCGGACGAACGCUCCGUUCUGAGCGGUAGUUGGGACAAGUCGAUUCUCGACUGGGAUCUUGACACGGGCGCGGUGAUUCGCAACUUUUUGGGCACGGCUGGCCAGAUCUCUUCGGUGGAAUUGCGCCCUGCGAGCGGUGCACCGGUGCCUGCGGAUGCGGAUGAUCAGCCUAUGUCGACGACCAUGUCGACAAACAACGCGGCUCCUUUUACAAACGGCACAUCGUCCGUCAUGUCCAACGGCAUGCAUGUGGAACAGGAGGAUAUAAAGUUCCCGGCGCCAUUUGCGACGGAAGCCGCUGCUCAACCACAGCCUGGUGCAGCUUCCCCUGGAAACGAAAGUCUGUUUGGUGGUAGUGACGCAGGCAGUCUGUUUGGCGACACGGCUGGUGAUGCGCCGUUCGGCGCGGAUGAUGAUCAGUUUGGCGAAGGUAUGGGCGUCAUGGGCGACGGUGACCAGGAGGGCGGCAUGGACCAUUCGGCAGACAUGACCAUGGCGGAUAUGGACGAGCCCAAGGUGGAAGCGCCCAAGGAAGAAGCAGCUCCAGCCACAGAAGCAGUAGCAGACGCAACAGCGACAACAGAAGAGCCUCCCAAGACGGAACCAGACGCAGCAGCGCAACCCGCUGACGGUGCUGCUACUACUGCCGCUGCCCCAGCCGACGAUGCUAUGGACGUUGAUUCGGCGCCGGAGCCGCUCAAGAGCGAGCCUGCGGAUUCCACACAGCCCACGGAGCCAAACACCACGCAGGGCUCCUUUACAACGACAACACAGACGGAGACGCUGCCCCCGACGGAACCAGCUACAGAAGACGCCCCCAUGACAGAAGAGGCUACCGAGUCGACAUCUGCGCCUAUUCUCGUUGUCGACGGAUCGCCCAAGCCGCCGCAUGACCCGACACAAACCUCCGCCACGACUUUCUUAUCGUCAGCCAUGGACGGCACCAUCCGCAUCUGGGACAGGCGUGUGCCUGCUGCAGUAGCCCGGAUCUCACCGCGGACAGGUGUGCCGCCAUGGUGCAUGAGCGCAUGCUGGAGUCCCGACGGCAACAUGAUCUACGCGGGUCGUCGUAACAGUACCGUGGAAGAGUACGAUAUCCGACAUGCUAAGCGUGGAUGGGAGCCUGAGCGAACCCUCAAGUUCCCCAACGGCAGUGGUGCAGUAAGCGCCGUACAGCCCAUGGUCAACGGGCGACAUCUGGUGUGCGCCUCGCAUGAUAUCCUGCGACUCUACGACCUCAAGCAUGACCCAUCUGGUAAAGGGUCGACAGUGCCUUUCCUGAUUGUGCCUGGACCCCCGCGUGCUGGCGUCAUCUCGACGCUCUACAUUGACAAGUCGAGCCGGUUUAUGCUGAGCGCGGCGGGCACGCGCGGAUGGAACGGCACGAGCACCGAGGUUCUUAUUGGCUACGAAAUCAAUGUGACCAACUAGACUUGGGUUCCUUACAGCUUUUCUACGAGAACUUUGUACUUUCUUUUUGCUUUCGUCUUUGGGAAUACGCCGAGAGCAGUACUACUGACUGCUGCUAGGACUACCGACUUCUGCUUCUGCUACCGCUGCUUCGUGGAUGCGAUAGCAAAGUCUGUCACAGUUAGUCCAUCAUUAUCACUUCAGGGAGUCCGGAAAGCCGGUUUUUCAUCAUAAUCUUCGUCUUCGUCCUGUUUCUUCGAUAACACAAUAUACUCGAUUCUGAUUGAUCUGC